AUGUCCUGCUACCUCCACCAGCACCUCCCUCCGCUCCACCAGGACCCCGUGGCGCUGUCCCCUGGCGUCCCCUUCCCGGCUCAACGGUGGCACUCCACCACCUGCAUCCCCCAGGCCGUGCCCGGCCAGGUGCCCCUGCAGCGGGCGACGUCCUCCAGCGUGUGCCACCAGCAAAGCGUCACCCAGGCCGUGCCCCACCAGCUCCUCAGACCCCCCUGCGUGCCCCAGCAGCAGCAGAUUGUCCCCAGGCGGGUGACAACGUGCGCGCCGCCGCAGCAGCGCGUGACCGGCGGCGCGGGCGUCACCCAGUGCGUGCCACACCAGGUGGGGGUGACCCAGUGCGUGCCACGCCAGGUGGGGGUGACCCAGUGCGUGCCACAGCAGCAGAAGAUCGUCCCCAGGUGUGUCACCACCUGCGUGCCGCAGCAGCGCGUGACGGGCGGCGCGGGUGUCACCGGUGUCACCCGGUGCGUGCCGCAGCAGCUGCAGGUGCCACCGUCCGAGCGCAUCCCACCCCAGCAGCAGCAGAUCGUCCCCAGGUGUGUCACCGCCUGCGUGCCGCGGCCGCCGCACGUCACCAAGGGUGUCCCUCAGCGGCAGGGCGCCACCAGGUGCGUCCCCCAGCAGUGUGUGACCACGGUGUGUCCCCAGCAGGGUGUCACCACGUGUGUCACCACCUGUGUCCCCCAGCAGCGCGCGGCACAGCGCGUCUCGUACCAGUGGGUGACGGCGCCUGUCCCCCAGCAGCAGCAGAGUGUCACCGCCGCUGUCCCCCAGCAGUGGCACGGCAGGUGUGUCACCAAGUGUGUCCCUCAGCAGUGUGACACCGGCGGGGCCAGCCUUUGUGUCCCUCAGCAGCAGCAGAGCGGGACGGUUUGUGUCCCUCAGCAAGUUUGUGUCCCCCAGCAAUGUGUCACCAAGUGUGUCCCCCAGCAAAGUGUCACCAAGGGUGUCCCUCAGCAAUGUGCUACCAAGUGUGUCCCCCAGCAGCGUUGUGUGACCAAGAGUGUCACUCACCAAAGUGCCACCAAAUGUGUCCCCCAGCAAAGUGUCAAGUAUGUCCCCCAGCACAAGCAAAGUGCCACCAAGUGUGUCCCCCAGCAGUGUGUGACUAAAUGUGUCCCCCAGCAAGGUAUGGCCAAGUGUGUCCCCCAGCAAAGUGCCACCAAGUGUGUCCCCCAGCAGUGUGUGACCAAAUGUGUCCCCCAGCAAAGUGUCACCCAGUGUGUCCCCCAGCAGCCCGGCGGGGUGAAGAUCUCCAGCCACUCCAAGAAAUACUUCUCGGCCCCCAAGUGGCCCUGGUGACAGGGAAUGUGACAAGGACAAUCCCUGGGAAAUCGGGAUUUGGGUUCUUUAUCUCCUCCCGCUCCCACCCGCAUGAUCCC